UCGGGGACAGUGAGCCGAGCCGGGCCUGGCCUUGGGACCCAGGGGUCUGCGCACGCGGUCGGCGCAUGAGAAUGAGUGCGACACCGCGCGGGGGCGCAACAGAGGGCUGACAGGUCCAUGGCGUUCCUGAGCAACCGCAGUAGCGGCAACGCCUUCUCCGGCCUCCUGUUCUGGCUUCAGCUCCUCGGGCCUCUGCUCAGUGAGGCCUCAGUGGGUAGGGGUUACAGACCCCAGGAACAGUCCUCAGCGACCUUGGCAGGCUCAGAGGCCCCAGCUCCUCCCAGACACCUGAAAAUCCCAAAGAUUCCACAUCCUGCUGUAGCUCCAGCCCCAGCAGGGGCUCCAGGAUCUGGGGCUACUUCAGAGCCCACAGUGGGACUAUUCUUGAAAUCCAAUGGGGAUUCUAAUCCAUUUCCAGAUGUGCUUCCUUCAGUAUGUGGGCAAAGAAGUAUGAGGAUAUUUGGUGGAAGUGAAGCCCCACGGAGGAAAUGGCCCUGGCAGGUGAGCCUGCAGUCCUAUAAUAGACAUGUAUGUGGAGGCUCCCUCAUCACCAACCGGUUAGUGCUCACUGCUGCCCACUGUGUCUUUGGUAGACUAAGGGAAUACACGGUGAUGCUGGGACACAAUAAUUUGUUUGAGUUUGAUGACAACGCAGUUGUGAUUCGAGUUAAAGACAUUGUUCUUCAUCAAUAUUAUAAUUUUCGACUACUGACUAAUGACAUUGCCAUUGCUCUGUUGGAUGUUCCUGUGAAUUAUUCCUCGUACAUCCAGCCUAUAUGCCUGCCUGAGAGGCCUUUCACAGUGAAUGCUGAGACAUUGUGCUGGGUGACCGGAUGGGGCCGCAUGGAAAGGAAUGUGCGGCCAAAAAAGCUUCGUGAAGCUGAACAAAAGAUUCUUUCCCAGAAGAUUUGUAAUGAGAAGUAUCAGAGAUAUUUCAGAACAUCAGUCACCAUGGUGCGACAAGGCAUGAUCUGUGGCUAUUAUGACGUGCAGCGUAGUCCUUGCUGGGGAGAUUCUGGGGGCCCUCUUGCCUGUGAAGUUAACAACACAUGGAUCCAGAUAGGUGUCGUGAGCUGGGGUUACAGUUGCGGUGUCCUUCCUUCUGUUUAUACAGAGAUCAUCCAGUUUAAGAAGUGGAUCAAUGAUAUUUUAAAUCAGGCUUCUGGUAUAUAUUCCAUGGGAGUCUGUAUGCUGCUCAUAUAUCUUCUGCUUUCCAAGGCCAUCCUGGUGACCAUAUGAUCACCCGGGCCCACUCCCUUCCUAUUUGUGGGGUCUCCCACUAGACCUCUCCUCUAACCUCCCUUUCCUUCUCAAUGUCCUUUCUUCAAAUCUGGAGAGACUCUUUGACCCUCGAGAGACCCACAGUUUAACAUGCCUGGGCCAUGCUCUCCCUGUUGGAAAGGAAGGCUCAAGUGCCCGCAGUCCUGUCAUGGGUAGCAUGAUGACUUGAGACACUUUGGAGAAUAUGUGCCAAAGGAUAGAAGUCAUCACGGUGAAACCCUGGUUUCAGGGUCUCCUUGAGACUGUCUCACCAGAGAUGUCAGGAGGAAGAGAGACGGUUGGGGGGGAUAGGGAGAUGCUCCUAAGUAGCAGUGCACAAAGAGCACUUGUAUAUAUUUGCUAAUUAACUUACAAAAAAGCUGUUUUUAAAUCAGGACCUACGUGACAGGGGUCCAUGCCCCUCCAAAGAAGGAAAAAAUGCCUGAUUGAUAUUUUGAUCGGACUAAAGCCUGCAUAAAUACCUUGUGGACAUGAAUGUCUUAUCCAGGAUUGGGCAGGGGGCUGACUUCCUUAAACCUACAUAUCUAUAUAAAUCCCUAGACAAUAGCCACCCUUUGUUAUUCCUCUUUGGGAUUCCUCUCUCUUUGGGAACUCUACUUUUUUUUUUUCUAUUACUCUAAUAAAGCCUGUUACUUUACUCUCA